AAUGGCCAAUGGCGUAUCCUCUGGUGUAUGUAAUGGCGUUACCAAUUGUACGAUAAUAGCGCCAAAAAUGCAGUAUCCACUAUAAUACCAAUGAUCCUAGCCUAUAAUUGCCUUCCGGGAUAAGAUACAUUGCUUAGGUACGCUUGAAACCAGAAGCAACCUUCCACCAGCAGUAAGCUUGGCGUAUUACUAGUUGGCGUUACAGUAACAAUGGCACCAAAGAAGCCGGCAAGGAAACAACAAGUUGUCGUCUCUGAUGCAACUGGUGCACAGCAGGCUGCCCCAGCAGCCCCAAAUGGGCGGCCUCAACAACAGCAGGCGCCAAGGCAGACGAACAGUGCUGUCGGUCGCAAGUUUGCCGGGCGGCGUAGAAACUAUUGCCUGCUCACCGGAGGUGUUAUCACGUGCAAUGUUGUUGGGUGCCGCUAUCAGCCGUUCGUGAGGGACGGCCAGCAGAACCCUGCAUUCUGCGGGAGGGCAUUCAUCAACCGGUCGCAGGCUGCAGCGCACCUUAUAGCUGACCACAACCAGUCAGGGGCUGUUGCGUAUGCUGAGGACUUCCCCGCUCUGCCGGAAGGGUACAGGUACCCGCCUGAGGAAGAUACCCUCAAGGUACUGCUCCACUCUCUCAUCGCAACUGCUGCCGGCAAGGACAAGGAAAGCGCCGCGAAAGCCAACCACAUUCUGGCCAACUUUAACGCCUGCCGCAAGUGCUAUGACGAUUCGAUGAAAGAGGACCGCGUCCAAGUGAAGUUGCGGCUUCUCCUUCACCACAACGCGACUGAACAGCAUAUGGUUUCUGGGCGGGGAAGCGUCCUCAAUGGACGUCAAACAUGCAGGGACCACACGGAGCUGAUUAGCCUCCUGGAUGCCACCGGCGAGUACGCCAUGAGCAAGUUUAGCCCCGAUAUUGACAUAUGGGAUAACCCUAUUGUUUCAAAGCCCAGCAACAAGCGGCCGCAGUCCGGUGAUGUGUCAGAAGACGAAGACGGGGACGAGGAGGCGUCUGGGGAGGCCGAAUCUGACGCCGUCCAAGCUGGUGCUCGCCAUCCUAGUGGUUCGCUGUUGGGCCUGUUGGCUGCUUCCGCAGCUGCGGAAGCCCAAGGUGGAGGCUUCUUCAUGCCGGCACAGCUGCGGUCUAACGGGUUACCGCCCCUCCCGCCUCAGCACGCUGGUGCCGCCCUGGGAGCCAGCGGCUUCGGGCAGGGCUCUCAGGUCCAUCCUAUGGCCCCCGGCCCAUACGCUACGGCCACGUACGGGCAGGGAAUGUCUGGGGGCAACGGCAGCACACAAGGCACGGCCGCAACACCCUUGCCGCUGACCAUGGGAGCCAGCGGCUUCGGGCAGGGCUCUCAGGUCCAUCCUAUGGCCCCCGGCCCAUAUGCUGCGGCCGCGUACGGGCAGGGAAUGACUGGAGGCAACGGCAGCACACAAGGCACGGCCGCAACACCCUUGCCGCUGACCAUGGGAGCCAGCGGCUUCGGGCAGGGCUCUCAGGUCCAUCCUAUGGCCCCCGGCCCAUAUGCUGCGGCCGCGUACGGGCAGGGAAUGACUGGAGGCAACGGCAGCACACAAGGCACGGCCGCAACACCCUUGCCGCUGAACAGGGGAGCCAGCGGCUUCGGGCAGGGCCCUCAGGUCCAUCCUAUCGCCCCCGGCCCACAUGCUGCGGCCACUUCCGGGCAGGGUAUGAGUGGAGAUGCCCCUGCAGGAAGCAGCAGCAGCAACGUAUUCUAUGAGAAGGCCAAGGCUGGCCUGAGUCAAUGCUGCAAUCCUCAAUGGAAAGGUGCGGCAGACCUCCUAAAGCGUAGCCGUGCGCUGUUCAGCACGGGUCAGUCGUACGACAAGGACUUGUAUGGAGACGCUGACAUCACGGAGGCGUGCACGGAGGUCCUGGAGCUCUUGUCAAAAAAGCCGGACCUCGAACGGAAGCUUGCCGAGAACAGCCAGCGUACGGCCUACGCCACACGGGCACGUAACUACGAGGAGGUUGCUAUGAAGCAGGAGAGUACGCGCGAGAAUGUGGUGAAGCCUCUGUUGCACGCUGCACAGAUGGUUGUGGCACAGCUGCAGCAGUCGCAUCAGGACCUAACAGACGCGGCAACAUCUCGGCAUGAAGCCGCCCACCAGCUGCUCCAGAAGAUUUCUUUCGAGGCCCAUUCAUUGGUGCAGUACGACUACCAGCUGUCGGCCGUCCUGAUGGACAUUGUGCAGUACGUCAAGGCGAAGCUGGUGGAGGCGAACGCCACUAACGACAGCCUCAGCAAUCUGGAGUCCUCAUUGCGGACCCACCACGAGGCCUUCCCGAAACCCGUCACGGACCCCGGACCGCUGAUGACUGUGGCGGACUGCAAGAACCUGGAGGAGGACAGCGUGCUAAGCAGCUGCGCCUACCAGCUUAACGUGCUAAAGCAGACCGCUGAGGCGGUGCACGUCCCGGCCGAAGCCCAGACGGGGCUCACUCCCAUCAAGGAGCACGGCCUGCCGGCGGGGGAGGGAGGGUGCGCGGUACUGGACCACACGAACAUUCUCAGCAAGGUCCUGGAGACGCAGAUGGAUGAGUAACGGGGUUUGUGAGGCUACACUUCUUGCAUGCGUGUCUUACGGUGCCGGAGUAGCAUGCCGGAUGCCCCUUGUGAGGUUGGGUAUAGUAUGGAUUUGGGAUGGAUUGCCGACCGUGCGUGUGUGGUGUGUAUGGAGUACAUGUACUGUGUUGUGCUUCCUUACGUUGCAUGCCUUUUGGGUAACGAGUAGAAGGCAUAGCAAGCUAAGGCCUAGCAAGCUCAAACAUUUACGGCCUUUGGGGAAGUGGUUAUGAGUCGUUUCCCGGGCUUGGGUUGGCCGCGGUAUGGCUGGUUGGGACAUGUCCCCGCGGCAGCGUUCGGUGCGGCACAACUUCCCUUUUUGCGCAAACAUUUAGCGCGUCAUAAACGAUUAAUCCGCUUGUAAGCACUUGCGGUUUGUGUGAUUGCGUUUGAGCGUUCUAUGCGAUUUGCGUCGUUCACUGAGCCGAUAACGUAUCAUUUUGAGUGUCAACUAAAAAUGGGGUUUUGGAGCGCAUGUACGACAGGGAGCAGAGCAGUCGCCACCAGGCUUGCGAGUGGACGGUGCUAGACGUUUUGACCUUGGUUAAACAGUUUGCCCUCAGCUGGCCUUUCAGGUCUUUGCCGCUGAGUUUCCGUGCGCAGUUAGGAAGGCGCUGACUUUUGCGUAGUUGCAGACAGUUCUUAAGUAUGGCUGCAGCUGUAGGUAGGCGAGCCUUUUGUUUCCACUGCUUCACCUAACGCGCCUGACCCCGAGACCUUGGGCGUAACUGGUCACCUAGAUGCUCUUGCUGAAGAUUUCCUUGCCACCCAAGCAACGCCACUGCAGCACACCGGCCCUCCCGCCAUGCCCGGUACGGGGUCGCCGGCAAUCGCAAGGGCAGCGCCGGCGAGGGACGUGGGUGUGGCACCCAGCGCCGUAUCCGUCCCACCGACAGCGGUUGUACGGGCUCUCGAUCGCCUUGAGAACGCGGGCUUGAGCGAUGCAGCUCGCAAAGUACGGCGCCUCGCGAGCCUGGAGCUGGCAAGACGGGAAAUCAGGGAGCCUGUAUCCGCUGACGAGGCAGCGGAAGUCUGGAGGACGGUGCUAGAGCGGCAGCUGGCGGCUCUGCAGGACGAAGAAGACAGCGAACAGCACCAGCCUCAGCGCCAGCAACGGCAGCAGCAGCAAUUGCCGCAAGACCGGCGGCCGGCAGUCGCCACCCUGCAGAACGACCAACGGCACCCUGCCAUAGGGAACGCACGCUGGAGUGCCGGCCUGAACCUACAGGGCCUUCCCGG